AUGAUAAAACGCAAGCAACCGCUCAGGGGCGCUGCAAAGACUGCCCAUGAAGCCAAGAUAGCCCGCCUCGCGGGAGAUGGCCACGAUCCUAUCACCACUGAACUAGAUGCGCUCGCUGCCGCUGGAGCUGCUACCUACGGAACCCUGGAUGAAGCGAUUGCACGAGCCAAGGCGUACCACCAGCAGAAUGAACAAGAUCAUACAACAGCCAUUCUCCUAGGAUGUCUAGACGGAUUUACUGGCGAAUGCCAGGAGAACUUGAUCCGCGAUGUACUUGGACGUGACGACGAGGGGCUUCAGAUCCUCGCGCAGGGGAUCAACGAGUAUAUUUUCUUUCGGUUGAAGGCCACCGGGGCCAGAACCCCUACCGCCUCUGAGUUCUCCUCAAGCUGUGGAAAUGAACCGGACUUAGGGAGGAAUAUCAAGAUAGGAACAGACCAGGGAAAGCUGAAGGCGACCUGUCUGUCGCGCGACAACACUCGGUGUCUGAUCACCGGGAUGUAUGAUGCAGAUGAGGCCCAACAGCUCUCUGCCGAGGACGAUCGGCGAAAAAGCUGGGCGUUUCUGUACCGUUACUUCCCGCGGUUGGAGGAGAUUGUGGACGUUCGAUGCGCCGGGGCAAUCAACACCCCACGAAACGCGAUGACGAUGGCCUCAUUUCUUCAUACGGAAUUCGGCAAAUCACUACUGGCGCUGCAGGCAACUGGCGUAGAGAAUCAGUACCGGCUGAAGACCUUCCCUCGCUUUCCGAGAGGGCUCAAUACAUUCCUACCAGCCAGCCGCAUGGUGCAGUUUUACUCGCACAAUUGGAUAGAUGUUCCAGACCCUUUGCUGCUUGAGAUUCAUCUCACCAUCUCCAAUAUUCUUCACGCCACGGGCAUGGGACGGAUCAUUGACCUCACCUUAGAGGAGAUGGAAGCCUCUGGGGUCGAUCCCCUGGGGUGCUGGGAGCUGGAAUCAAGAAUCGGCCAGUGGCUCUGCGGUUGUGCCGAAUUCCUAGCUCAGGGCUGCAAUAAUCCAUAA